AUGUCUUCAAUUGAUAAAUUACCUUUGCAGACAUUCGCUCAUCUCAUAUCGACUUCUGGCGGUCCUAAAAUCAAGCGCAUUCUUAUUGCGAAUCGAGGAGAAAUCGCAUGUAGAGUCAUAGAGUCGUGCAGGAAGCUGAACAUCGUAUCGAUUGCUGUUUUCACUGACCAAGAUGCCCUAUCGCCGCAUGUCAAACAAGCCGACCAGGCAGUUAAUCUCGGCCCCAUCGACGGCCCACAGGGAAAUCCACAUCAAAACGGACAACUUCUCAUAAGCAUCGCUCACGAAACCAAAGCAGAUGCGGUACAUCCUGGAUACGGAUACUUGAGUGAGAAUGCGGAGUUUUCUCACCAGGUGCAGGAAGCAGGAUUGGUGUUUCUUGGUCCCUCGCCAAGAAGCAUGGCUGUACUCGGAGACAAACGAUCCGCAAAGCAAUACCUACUCAAGAAUGCACCCUCUAUUCCUCUCAUUCCAGGAUAUAAUGGCUCUGAGCAAAGCAUAGACCGUCUCGUAGUCGAAGCCGAUCGUAUAGGCUUCCCAAUCCUGAUCAAAGCUUCCGCUGGCGGUGGGGGGAAAGGCAUGAGGAUUGUACGCGAAAGGGAACACUUGGCAAGCGAGUUGGCAAGAGCUCAGUCUGAAGCACAACGAUCGUUCGGAUCCUCUGAUUGUAUUCUGGAAAGAUAUAUUGAGCGAAGCAAGCACAUUGAGAUACAAAUUCUUGGGGACUCCCACGGUCAUGUCGUAUCACUUAUGGAUCGAGAAUGUUCCAUUCAGCGGCGCCAUCAAAAGGUCAUCGAGGAAGCACCGUCGCCAUGGCUCUCGACUCAGCUCCGGAAGGAGAUGAGCGGGAAAGCAAUUGAGAUAGGAGAGAUGCUAGGCUACGAGAGUGCUGGGACAGUGGAGUUCAUCGUGGACGUUGAUACCGCGAAUUUCUACUUCCUCGAGGUUAAUACGCGCAUUCAAGUAGAGCACCCAAUUACGGAAGAGACGACGGGAGUGGAUGUUGUCGCGUUGCAGAUAUUUGUUGCUGGUGGCGGACGGCUUGACAGCCUGGGAUACUUUCAGGAUAAGAUGGCUGCACAAGUUGGACAUGCUAUCGAAUGUCGGCUCUGCGCCGAGGACCCAUCGCGCGACUUUGUACCUGAUUUAGGAGUGAUUCGGAGAUGGACUCCUGCAACCGAUAUCCUGCCAGCAUCUGAAACUCAACAUGUGCGCUACGAGACGGCAGUCGAAACGGAUUCUCACGUCUCCAUUUAUUUUGAUCCCCUGAUUGCAAAAGUUAUAGUUUGGGCUCCAACGCGACCCCUUGCCAUUGCGAAAAUGCUCAAGAUCAUGGCACACACAGUUUGUAUUGGAAUCAGAACAAAUCAGUCUUUCCUCCAAUCCUGCCUCAACGAUCCGGCUUUUCACGAUCCCCAAUACACGACAAGCUUUAUCCCAGACAACUUGCCAACUCUGGUGAGAAAUCCUUACAUAGAACACUUCCAGGAGCUCCAGGAAUUACUGUCCUUCUUUCCAUCCAUGCUUUGGAGGACAGCGACCGCCAGUUCAUCGGCUCGGAGGCCAUUCUCAAGUCUCCCGCUUGGGUUCCGAAAUCAAAAGGCAGAUGCUGCUAGCACUCAAGUAGAUAUUGUGAAGAUUCCUGGUCGGGAAGCAAAAGCCGUCAUCGUGGAAUGGCCAGUGAUGGUAACUCCAGGCCAAUCACACGAAGUGAACAUCGUACCGCUCAAGGAAUACAGUGACGAACAAUCUACUCCCCACCAAACGAAAAUGAAGCCCAGUGCUCAGGUAGCUCGAAAGUACAACAACAUCAGCAGCCAGAUCCAUGCUCUCGCAAAAGUGGGUAAGGGUAAGACGCAUCGUGUAAAGCUUCAGGUCAACAGAACUCAGGCUCUCCGAUACAAUGCAAGAGACUGGCAGCUCCAGGAUGUCUCCAUUGAGGUCGACUCUCAAAGAUUCCAAGCUUAUAUUGCCAGUGCCCCCGUAUUGGCAGCGUCAGACGCGGGCAAGCAUCAGCAAGUUUUCGCUCACUUACCAUCCUUGGGAACAUAUAUAGAGUACCAAUUGUACUCACGACUGUCAUACGGUGAAUCUUUGCGGACAGCUACCGGGGCAGCUGAUGCAGCUUCAGACGGCAACGCAAAGGCUCCAAUGCCAUGCAAGGUUUUGAGCGUCCUCAAGAAAGACGGAGAGGGCGUGGAGCUUGGAGAGAAUGUGAUGGUUCUUGAGAGCAUGAAAAUGGAGAUGAAUGUUCUGGCAGCAGCAAAGGGAAUAUUCAAGGCGAACUUUAGUAAGGGAGACGCUGUGGAAGAAGGCAUGGUAUUGUUCACUGUAUCAUAG